UCUUAAUGGCAACGAGACUGAUAGGUGCAUGCCAAGGCCAAUACGUAUGAGGUGAUAGUGGUUGGAAAGAGGAACAUUUUCCUUAUCUAUUCCUCGCGACAAUUAUAGGAUGUCUGAGGCACCAAAAGAUGCUAACGGAAGGCUCCAGUUGAACAAGCCUCGAUAUGACCAGAGUGAAUUUGUUGGCAGAGCCAAACACUUUUUCAAUGUCACUGAUCCUAGAAACCUUUUCACUUCAGCAGCACAGCUAGAUGCAGCAAAGAAACUAAUUGAUGAUUAUAAAAUUGGCAGAGAAGCUGUGGGAACUUCUGAAAAUGAUGUCUGGCAUGCUAAAAAGCUCUAUGAUUCAGCAUUUCACCCAGAUACAGGCCAAAAGCAGUUUAUAUUUGGCAGAAUGUCUGCUCAAGUUCCAUGCAAUAUGGCAAUCACUGGUGCAAUGAUGACAUUUUACAAAACAACACCAGCAGUUGUGUUUUGGCAGUGGUUUAACCAAACAUUUAAUGCUGUAGUAAACUACACAAACAGAAGUGGUGAUGCGGAGAUAACCAACAAAAUGUUGUUGCAAGCAUAUCUAUCAGCCACUGGUUGUGCCCUUGGAACAGCGCUAGGACUUAAUGCAAUAGUAAAGAAACUGCCUCCAAUUGUUGGAAGAUUUGUACCUUUUGUGGCUGUUGCUGCUGGAAACUGCGUCAACAUUCCACUCAUGCGACAAAGGGAAUUAAUUCAUGGAAUUCCAGUCUUUGAUCAUGACGGAAAUCGUUUAGGUGAAUCAAAGGUUGCAGCAGAAAAAGCCAUAGCUAUGACCAUAAUAUCCCGGAUUUCAAUGGCACUCCCUGGGAUGUGUAUCCCGCCAUUUUUUAUGAAUCGUCUUGAAGAAAAAGCGUUUAUGAAGAGAAUGCCAUGGUUGGCGAGUCCCAUUCAGAUUCUGAUGGUUGGCUUUUGUUUGGUUUUUGCAACACCACUUUGUUGUGCAAUAUUUCCCCAAACAAGCUCUAUGACAUUUGAUAGCCUUGAGAAAGAUCUGCAAGAAGCAAUUCUAAAGAAAGACCUCGCCUAUGAUCGUGUAUAUUUCAACAAAGGACUUUGAAAUUUUAUGGAGUUUUGGGUAGUUUUAUGGCUUGUUCAUUAAUCGUGUUUGUCUGUUGCAAAAUAUAUAGCAAUGCGAGAUUUUAACUCGAAAAAAAGCUUUAAAAAUA